AUGUCUUUUGUUGGUUCGGUAAAAGCUGAGAGUCGGCACGAUUUUACACAGUAUUGCUGCUGCGAAAGACUGGCUUCGGUUGCUAAUAUAUUACGCUYAUGUGAAGGACAACGACUUCUAAAGUCCUUUUAACUAAAGUCAUGCUUUCAGGYCGCCAUCUUUUGAGCUCCUUGUCGAGAUGCAGUCGUACUUUGCAUCCAACAUGGCGGACCAGAUUMUCCAGGGUUUUUUGUUCUUCCACGGCUCCUGAAAAACCUUACAACGAGACAACUCGCAACAUACCUAAAUACCAGCUUCAACCAAUUGACAAAUUCUUUCUUGUUGUAACUGGAACAAUGAAACGUGGAGAAAUUCCAGAUGAAGUCAGCUUUGAAGUGGUAGAAAAAUCCCAAAACAGAAGGCGAAUCAUGGUGAAUAUCCUUACGAUAUUUUUGACUAUUAUUGGGAGUGCGUUUGCUAUUCAUCAGGGCAGAAAAGCAAGGGACUAUCACACUGAAGACACCAUGUUUGAGAAAAAUGUCAAAAGAUAUGAAAAACUACGAGCAGAAGAUGCUAAGAAAGAAGCAGAGAAGGCAACAAGUUCAUAAUAAAAUGAAAAAAAACAGCGUAUGAAACUUUUACAAGAAACAAGUUAUAGAGUGUUGAUCUCUCUACAAUUCAUGUGUUUAUAAUAUUUACAAAAAGAAUCAGGAGUAUCCUUUGAAAAGCAUUUCCCAAAAAUUGUGCAUCAUUUCCUUUGAAUAUCAAAAAAUCUUGUCUAAUAUGCUGAAUAUGAUCAUUAUAAAAAUAUAAUUUCCAUUGCAUUUUGA